GUCGUAGUUAUCUAUUUGGUCACAAUUUGGUUGAUAAGAAGGAAACGGAUAAGAGGAAUGGUGAGAUUAAGAUCUUUCAAUUAUGGUGAGAUCACAAGGAUCACUGGAAACUUUGGAACAGAGAUUGGUGUAGGAGGAUUUGGGAAAGUAUAUCUUGGCACUCUAGAGAAUGGAACCAAAGUUGCAGUGAAGAUGCUCUCGGAAAAAUCAUGGCAAGGGGACAGGGAAUUUCAAGCUGAGGAGAAACAAUUAAUGAUCGUUCACCAUGGAAACUUGGUUUCUCUACAUGGAUAUUGUGAUCACUCUAAAAACAAGGCAUUAGUUUAUGAAUACAUGGCUAAUGGAAACUUGCAACAGCACUUACACGGGGACAAGCCAGUCUUAACUUGGAAACAGAGACUUCACAUCAUUGUAGAUGUAGCAAAAGGUUUGGAGUAUCUCCAUAAUGGAUGCAACCCGCCCAUUAUCCAUAGAGACUUAAAAGCGACAAACAUCCUGUUGAAUGAAGAAAUGCAAGCGAAAAUAUCUGACUUUGGUCUCUCAAGAACAUUUACAGCUGAGACUGAUGCUCAUGUGUCAACUCGUGCUAGCACUCCUGGCUACCUCGACCCUGAUACUCAUGUAUCAACUCGUGAUGUUGGCACUCUUGGCUACCUCGACCCUGAGUACCAUUCGACUAAAAGUUUAAACAAGAAAAGUGAUGUUUUCACUCUUGGAAUCAUACUCCUUGAGCUAAUCACGGGACAUCCGGCAAUGAUGACGAAGCAAGAAGGAAAUGUGCACAUACUUGAUUGGGCGAAUUCCCUUAUUGAAAGUAAAAAUUUGCAGAAGAUCAUGGAUCCAAAGUUAAAAGGAGAAUACGACAGCACAUCGGCUUGGAAAGCGAUACGGGUCCCAGAGUCUUGUACAAAACCAACUGGAGAUCAAAGGCCUGACAUAGAUCAUGUAUUGGCAGAAUUGAAGGAUUGUUUGAAAACAGCACCGGAACCCGAAAAAAGUCCAGAAGAUGGGAAGCAAAAUGAGAAAGUCAAGUAGUUCUUUCGAAAGGACCUCCUCAAGAGUUCAUUCAACCAGUAAUUCCCUCGGAAGAGUGUUGGGUAUUUAAUGCAUGUGAAUUUGUUGCCAAAUUUCUGCAGCCGUCAAAAUUGAACUCAAGCGUGGUUCAUAUUUCAAAUUUAUAUUUAUGUGUCAAUUUGGAUAUUCAGAAGUUGUUCUUGUCUCUAGUGAUUCUAUUAUUCUAUGAAUAGGUCCUUGAUAGAAACAUGAGUAUUCGCAGCUUUUGUCAUUCAUGGGAGGAACUAUGUACUUGAGGAGACUCAUCUAUGUUGGAUUUGGAUUUGGUCACUCUAGACUAGAGUCUUGCUUGUUAUUA